AUGGCGACUAAAUCGCCCGCGUACACCUGGGAGAACGGCUUCCCCCCGGACCGUACAGGCGCUUACGUCACGCCUCCGUCUGUCGACCUUACCACUUCUCUCACCCAUAACCAGCUCGGCAUCAACGUUGUUCGUCACUGGCCCACCCUUUACGAUGGCACCAACAGCCCCCAUGGGGUGCCGUCGUGGUGGGCGCCAAAGGAGGAAGUCGACGUCCUCAUCUGUGGAGCCGGCCCCAGUGGCCUCCAAGUUGCCGUCAGCCUAGCAAGACAAGGGGUCUCGUUUCGCAUCAUUGACAAGGCUGACACGCCGCUCGUUGCCGGCCGCGCUGAUGGUGUGCAGCCCAGGUUUCUCGAAACCAUGUCUCAGUGGGGGCUCUCGACAGAGGUUCACGAGGAGGGCCCUCUGAUCGAGCGCACUGCCAUCUACAAGGACGGCCGUAAGCUCUUGUUCAAUCGCUCGCACCAGUCAGACUCAAGAUAUCGUGGCCUGCAUAUUAUCACGCAGGGCCAGCUCGAGCGCAUUUAUCUGAGGGACCUGGCGAGGCACAAGGUCAUUGUGGAGCGGAGCUGCACCGCAGUUGAUUAUCGAGUGGAGGAACAUGGCGCCGAUGGCUCACAUCACACGCACCCGGUGCGGGCUACGUUGAAGAAUGCCCACACUGGUAGGGAAACGUCCGUCAGGGCCAAGUUCCUCGUUGGAAGCGAUGGCGCAGCUAGUCCGAUCCGCAAAUCGCUUGGUAUUCCCUUUGACGGCGUCAGCACCGAUAUCUACUGGGGCAUCAUGGACUGCGUGUUCGAGUCGGACUAUCCGCAUGCCUGGGUCUUUGGGCUAUACACACAGCUGGACAUCUCCUUGGCUGGGCCUAUCGCCGCCUCGAGACAAGCCCGUGACCCAAACUUCAUCGAGUCCGGUGGCCGGGUCGAGGUGCACUCGAUUACGCCCGAAGAAGUCCUCGAGCAGGCCAAUCGCAUCUUCAACCCUUACAAGCUCAAGUUUGCGGCACCCCUGAGCUGGUUUGCCGUCUGGAAGAUAUCCGAGAGAGUGGCUCGCUCAUUCUCGUCGCCCGAUAUGAGGGUUCACCUAGUGGGCGACGCAGCUGUCAUGGGCGCCUUUGGCCUCAACGCCUCGAUUCUUGACUCUGCCAACCUUGCCUGGAAGCUCGGUCUCGCGGCCAAGGGCCAGGCUAAGCACCAUGUUUUGCUACCCACCUACAGCACUGAGCGCCGCGGCCACGCUGUGCGCAUCAUUGAGGUCUCUGGCUCGUACCUCCGUUUCGUAUGCGGCUCGACGGUGCCGCUACCGAAUUUGCGGGAUAUUGAUGGCCUCGACGCGGACUAUAGGAACAAUGCCGAUGCAAAUGCAAAAUCAGAGCAAGCGAGCAAGAGCUCGGGCAAUGGUUUCCCUUCCAAGCUCGAGCUAGCCAGCGGCGCGAUGCCUGACACGCAGGCUGUCGUGGCACAGGGCGCAGAGGAUAAUCAUCAUCACGGCCUGGGCACCUCCCAGGCCGAAGACCUCGAGUUCCUCGGACAGUUCUUCAAGGCCCACGCGCAGUUUCUCCUCGGCGUGGACUGCCCGUACGCCGAGUCUGCUGCCGUUUCGUCGUCGGGUCUAGACCUCACCCCCAAAGGCGGCCACCCCCCUGCGAUUCGCGUGAAGAGCGGUGUUCGGGCGCCCAACCCCCGCGUCUGUUUAUCUCCCACUGAGUCGGGAUACCUGUACGACAAACUGGCCGGACCUCCUCGCUUUCACCUGGUGCUUUUUGCCUCUUCGCUGGCGGGCACCGAGGUGCGGCGGCGCGUUGAUGCUUUCCUUCGAUGCUUGAAUGACCCGAAGGGCUUCUAUGCCCGUUUCGGUGGGUCAUCCCGCUUCAAUGUUGUCGUCAUCCUGAAGAUGCUCCCAUUCCAGUGGAGCGGUGCCGACGUGGACCCUGGACUGGCCGCUGUCAGAGACGCGCUGCCGGAGGGCUCGACGGUUGUCUUCGAUGACAAGGCGCCUGAUGAGGAUGCCCAUACCGUGUGGGGGGCAAACCAUCUGACUGGCGGCGUCGCGGUUGUCCGGCCAGACCUGUGGGUUGCUUCAACAGCUUUCCCCGACAAGAUGGAUGACGUGUCGAGACUCUUUGAAGGUUUCCUCAUCUAG